AUGGCCGCCGGAGAAGGACAACAAGUGUUGGCUCUCAUCAGCAAGCGUCUCCGUGCUCUCCGCAAGAAAAACAAGAGAAUUGCUGAGAUGGAAGAGUCGAUUUCUCAGGGAAAAAUCCUAAACAAAGAUCAAGAAGAAAUCCUCCGCUCGAAGCCAAUCGUCACUGCGCUUAUAGAAGAGCUCGAAAAGCUUCGUCUUCCUUCUCCUCCUCCUUCAGUGGCUGUUCCAGAAGAGAUCAGCCUCCCUUCUCAGAAAAAACUAGAGCCAAAGGAAGACGUAACGGCCAAGAAGGACGUGGAGGAAGAAGUAACGUCCAUGAAGGACGUGGAGGAUUCCACGAUCUCUGAUGGUGUCAAUACGGGUGAGGUUUCCAAGGACGAUUUUAUUACUGUGCGAAGCAAAAAGUCACGACGUAGACAACAAUCAAAAACGUACCACUGA